CUAGCCAUGCUCCAAUUCCUCCGUCGCCCCCCUCCAUCUCCAGAUGUACAUGCAGUUACCUCCACUCUUUCCUGCUCAUCUUAGAACGAGGUGGGCCUUUGAGAUCUGUUGUUACCAUUGUGUUCUUUCCUAGGGCAAGAAUUAGCUCUGAAUGCUGCUCGCCUCUGCCAAAGUCUUGCUGAUCAUCUCACAGUCAUAGAGGGAGUCUGUCAGGCCAUUGCCCCCAUUAACUUUCUCUUGCUUUCUCCCUCCACGGCUGCCCUGAGGGAAUUGGAUCACUGACCCUCCCGCUCAAUCCUGGCUCUGCUCCCUCACAUUCCAUAUGGAAACAGGGUGUGGUUAUUGCUCCUUUCUGAUCAAUUCCUGAACUGACUGUGUAUCAUAUCAGAGUGACAGGGAGGGUGAGGUUUGGAAGAGCAACAUUCUAAGAUACUGAAAAAUCUGGACUUUUAAUUGUAUAAUUCCUAAAGACAUAUAAGGCAUUGAAAAUUGUAGCCUCCUUGCAGUUUAUAGUAUCUGUACCUCUUACUUUUUUUCUGUAUUUUAUAUUCAAGAAACACCAUGAGCACAACGCAAAGAAAACGUCGUGGAGGAGCCAUCAAUUCUAGGCAAACUCGAAAACGAAACAGACUGGUAGCUUCAGCUACAGAAAUGGCUUCAGAAGCAGAGCCAAUAGAACUUGAAGAAAGUGCUGGUGAAGAAGUAGUAGAUCUCACGUGUGAAUCUUCUGAACCUGUAGUAGUUGAUCUAACUCACAAUGAUUCUGUUGUGAUUGUUGAAGAGAAUCAACAUCAGAGAAAUCUAGGGUUAAGAAGCCAACAGCAAUCUGACAGCUGUGUAUUAAGUAGUGAUGAUGAAGAUGAAUCAAGAGAUAAUGAUGUAUACGUAACAAACAAGGUGUCUGGAGAUUUAGGAACACUAGAGGAUGAAACUGCAAGUUCAAGAUUAUACAAAGUGGACGACUUAUCGUGUCAACCAAAUGCGGCCAUGUCUUCUGUAGUCAGUGCCUCCGUGACUCCCUUAGAAAUGCUAACUCUUGCCCAACUUGUAGGAAAAAACUCAAUCACAAACAGUACCAUCCAAUUUAUAUAUAAGCACUUGAAUUCUUCUCAGGACAACCUCAACUGGAUCUUGAUGAAAAUGUCAUGCAUUUGUGAUGCCUUGAAGAUUAAAGGAGCAACAGGUUGCCCACCCAGUUGUAGUAAAAUGGAUUUUUGGAGAAUUAACUUGUGCAUAUCUAAACAGCUUUCUUAUGGUCCAGUCAUACUGUCAAAAGUAGCUUGUUCAUGUUAAAAGUUCUUGAAGGUCUGCAAACACAGGUUGGUAUGUGUCACCAAUGAAGCAGCUGAUGUUCUGUUUCCUUCUACUUCUUUUGAAGUUCUUGAACAUGAGUUCUGGAUUUCUUUUUUUCUCAAAUGCUUUUGAUUACUCCUGCCCCUUACCCCCCCCCCCCGAUAAAUAAGUUACAUUGCCUACAGUAUGUAUAAAUGCUUUCAUUUGAAUCUUAUCAUGAUGAGGGUGGGAGGCAACAAAUUAUGGGAGAGCAUUCUGCAUGUAGUUUUACCUGCAGUGCAGUUUGUCCAAAUAGAAUGAGUUCUGUGACAGGCAAAAACUUAAUGCAAUAUUAAAUUGUAUACCAGGGUAAUGCAUUGAACUAAUAUGCUGUUAGCCAGCCAAUAAUCUUUCUUUAACUGGUAUUCUUGCAGACCUAUACUUACGGGCUCUGAGGUGUAGAGUAGAUGGCCAAAUUACAACUUCCAUAAUGUGAAAGUAUUUUGUUUCUGGUAUAUUGUAACUGCCCAAGAAUUACUUGAUUUGAAUCCCAGUAUUGAAGUGUUUCCUAAUCUGUGGUGAGAUUUCUUGCUUUAAUACUGUUCAGUGUUUCCCUAUAAUCACAGCUGAGCAGUAAAUUAAUGCCUUUUCUCUGAGCAUGCUGUUUUUAUAAAAGUUUUUCAUCAACUGAAUACCAGACUAGACAAAUCUUGGUCCUCUCUAAAGCAUACCUAGUGUAAUGUUUAAAGUUCAGUACAUUCACUUUGUGUAUUCUGCUUCUAUACUAACAGGUUUAAACAUAUACAAUGCUAACAGUACACUGGUCUGUUUAAUCUUAAAUAUAUUUAAUUUAGGCUUCAGUCACUGGCUUGGUAUUGAUGUUGGGGUAGGAAUGCUGAACAAGUGCAGUCUAAUUGGUCACUCAUUGUCUUGAGGAUUAAAAUGUGCAAUAAAGCUUGUAUAGCUCUUUUAAAAUAAACAUUUGGUCAGGUGCAUGUUUUUUCAAAAAGCUGCAUCUGAAUCUGCACCAUUAGCCAGUUUACCAUUUAUUUUCAGGACUGACUGCUGAGUGCUAUUCAAUAGAAUUUUUAUUUCAGCACAAAAUUACAAGGAGAUGUGGUUCCUGGGUGAAUUGAUGCAUUUAACUGUAAUACUUCUAUGUGUGGGCAAGAUGUUAACAUCAGUUUUCUAUGAUCUCUGUACAUACCUCACACUUGGGCCAAUGUUUUGUUCCAUGAUACAAUACAGUAUUAUAACUGAAGGCUAGUCUGUGAAACAUGAACAAAAAUAAACUGCCAGCUACUCUGAAGGCUGUUUUAGAAUAAAUUUUUCAGAUUUUUUUACCAUCUCCCCCCACCCCCCUAGACUUCCGAAAACAGAAUUUCAAGAGGUAUGUAAUUAACACAUAAUAAGUAGUAAUAUCUUACUAUUCCACCAGUGGGAGAAUUGAUUGUUUUAAAUUAAAGAAGCUGCUCUGAUUAGCCAUUUAAACUUUGAAGAAGUGUCUAUCCAACAAUAAACAAUGUUGUGCAGAAUAUGGCCUCUAUGUAGCAAUAUGAUGACUUACCCUGGAGAAAUGUAAUCCUUGUGCUACUCUCAUCCUCGCAUAAUCAGAGAUUGUAUUACAUGGAAAAGCCUGCUGUACUGCAACUUAUGCACCCUGGCAAUACUCUCUACAUAUUAAAAGGUAUAAUCGCCAGUAGUUGCUCUCACUUGCACUGAAUUAUUUAAACCUAGUGCUGAACGAAGACUUUCCUAAAAUAUUUUCAUGACAGUGCAAUUAAUUUCUGUAUCUUUUUGUUUACAGAAAAGUUUUUUCUUUUUUUUUCUUUACAUGUCUUGGAAGACAAACUGAGCAAGAACUUUAUUCUCAAAAUUAUUCAGAAGCAUCUGUCACAUGCAGAAAAAGCAGCCCACUGUGACACUGUCUAGUAAUUUAGGGCCACAUACACUUGACUAUUAAAACCCUCCCAGUAAUUUCUAAAUUAAGGUAAAUGGCUCAUAUAUCUGAGCCAUCACACUUAAAUUACUGUGUAUCGGGAAGGCAAUAAGAACGUACAAAUGUAAAGCAUUACGUCUGGGGUUGUGGUCGAGUAGCAUGUCCCUACAUCUUUAAUUUGAGUACUAGCCUUAGUCUGAACUGUGUGUUUGUGGUUUUUGUUUGUUUGCACAGUUUCUACCAUGUGAAUAGCCCUUUAUAGCUUGCAUAUCAGUAUAUAAACAUACUUGGACUUCAGAUACCGCAAACUGUAGAAUAUUCAACAACAAAAGUUUUUAAUUUUUGUGGUCCUUAUUAAGUGCCACAUUUUGUGUACUUGAAAACAAAUUUUAAACUUUCAAUAUCAAAAUGGCAUAUGUUAAAGUUGCAUUAUAAUUUUUAAAAACUUGAAAUAGAUAUAUUUUAAUUUCCAGUAAAGGCAGUGGCUCAGUAUAGCUUAUGACAUUUGCAAGGACUGAUCGAUAAUAUAAAGAUUUUUUUGAUUAUAUAAAUGUAUGUUUUUCACUUGUCAUUGUGUAUAGUUCAGAUUUUCCUGUAUUUAAUUGUGUUCAUAUCUAUAUGUCAGAUCUACUUUGGACUCUACUGGGUAGGCAAAUAACUCAUUAACAGAUGGAAAUAAAACUAUUAAUUUGUCCAA